AUGACUGCCCGCAGCACUGCCAGCUGCGCGACAGGAGCUCAGAUGCGGAAGCCACGUGAUAAACGCUGCACAAACAGCAGCCCGCGGAGGGAGGCAAGGGACACAGCAAGGCUGAAAGCACAGGCAGCCUGGCACCGAGGGCCUCAGCGGCGGGGUCUCCAGUGCCCCCACCUGGCCCCGACGCCUCAGACUGUCCUUCAGGCGAGUGGCCCCGUCCAGAGGCUAGAAGGCCUCGAUGCCGUAACCACCCACCCCGACAGUGUGACGGCCCUGCUGCUGUGGCCUGCUGCUGGAGGCCACAGUUCUCUGAGUGACAUGUCGUCAGCGCCAGCGGUCUCCUUCUCGGCCCAGCCCUGUAACCACCUGAACACCCCCACCCAGGCCGCCAGGCCCCGACCCAACAGGAGGGCGUUUGGCACCGAGGCACCGGCCUCGCCCACACUGAGGGCCUGUGACAAGCGACCCCAUCCCGACACCACGGGUGACGGACGUGCCUUUGACUACCAGGGUGUAAGAAACGAGGCCCCGCGGGCCAGCCGGCGCCCAGCGGGGGACAGGCUGCAGGCUGCUCGAGUAUCUGAAUUUCAGUUAAUGUCACAGGAGAGACAGGUCUUCACGUUUGUCGUAGGGGAGCCUGGGCUUCAGCACGUCAUCCCUGACAUGGCCUUGCACCUCUGUGAGGACGAGAGGGACGCUCCCAAGGGGCACGCCUGCAGUCUGGGUGAAAACAGACUUAACCCGGAAGUUCCGUUGGCGCUGAGUGGCGAGAUGCUGCCAUGCCCGUGGCGCCCAGUGAGUCCGUGGCACGAGAGCGCUGCAGGGCCCCCAGUCCUGGUGGCCCGGCCUGCUCUGGUGAGACAAUGGGCACGGGAGGAGCCCGGCCACAGGGGGACCUCUGCCCUGCAGUCUCUACGGCCCCGCCCCUGCCCCACAAAGGCUGCCAUCACGCUGAUGUCAAGGGACUCCGUGGCGUGGCGUCACCGUGCUGGGUGGGGCCACCGCUUGGGAACCCAGAACCAGAAGUUAGCUGCUUCUGGGCUGAUCCUCGGACCAGAUUCAAGGGGGGACUGUCCAAAAGCUGUGCCCCUCUUCCACCGAGAGCUGGUGUCUGCCCGCCGCUGUGGUGGGAGCCCUGGCCUGAAGACGCAGUGA